AUGCCCACACUGAACGUCAGUGAGCUGAAUGUGGUGAUCUCUGUUCUGGGCGCCUUCAUUAUUCUCUUUGCGUUGAUCUCGGUGAAGGUGAAAACACAGUGGUAUCUUGGCGAAGCGUUACCGGCUGUGGUCGUUGGCAUCAUUCUGGGCCCAUAUGCGGCGAAAUUCCUCGAGGCCACCGAAUGGGGCUCCGCAAUCCAGGGCCAACAGGAUGCGAUCACCUUGGGACUGUGUCGCGUGGUGAUCGGUGUUCAGUUGGUGAUCGUGGGGUUCCAGCUCCCAGCCAAGUAUCAGCUUCAUCGUUGGAAGGAGAUGCUGCUGUGCCUGAUCCCUAACAUGACCCUCAUGUGGCUCUGUACCUCCGGCUGCGUUCUAUUGGCGAUCCCCAAGCUUAACUUUCUCUCUGCACUUGUUAUAGGCUCCUGCGUCACUUCGACCGACCCCAUCCUUUCCCAGGCUAUUGCCAAAGGGCCCUUUGCCGACCGAUACGUCGCCCGCGAUAUGCGCGAAAUCAUAUCUUCUGAGGCCGGUGCCAACGAUGGGUUUGGAUUCCCCUUCCUGAUGUUAGCGACCUACCUGUUGCGGUAUACACAGGGGGGUCCGGAUCAGGACCACUCGGCCCAUUCUCAUGUCGCGCGCUCAGGCGAUGUAGGGCAUAUGCACGGUGGGCCUGGAAAGGCGAUAGAGAUGUGGAUUGCCGAGACGUGGGCCUACUACAUCAUCCUAGGCAUGGCGUAUGGCGCCACUGUGGGGUAUACUAGCAUGUAUCUGCUACGAUACAGCCUCCGAAAGAAGUGGAUAGACGGCGAAUGCUACGUGCUGUUCCCGGCUGCGUUGGGAUUGUUCCUCCUUGGAACCUGCGGUUGCAUCGGAACUAACGACCUGCUCGCCUGUUUCUCCGCCGGCAGUGCCCUAAACUGGGACGGGGGCUAUCUGGCGGAGACUGAAGCCCGUCACGACGAAGUCAAUUCAUGCAUCGACGGUCUCCUCAACUUUGGGGGAUUCAUGUAUAUUGGAGCCGUCAUUCCGUGGGACGACUUCCACCAGCCAGACACUACAGGAAUCACCUAUCCCCGGCUCAUCCUCCUCGGCGUCAUCGUUCUUCUCUUCCGGCGUAUACCCAGCACGCUUGCUCUGUACAAGUUUAUGCCCAAGGUCUGCAAGAACUGGAAGGAGGCCUUGUUCAUGGGCUACUUUGGACCCAUCGGAAUCGGUGCUGUCUUCUACGCCGAGCAUGCCGCUCACCUGUUCCCUGCUGUGGGGGAGGGCAGUUCCAUCGAGGCCCGCUUGAUGCGCGCCCUCAAACCAACAAUAUACUGGCUCGUGAUAUUCUCUAUCUUCAUCCACGGCCUCUCCAUCCCCCUCCUAAGCAUUCUGUACAAACUCUUCAAUGUCCCGCCGGAGGUCGACCCCCUCGGACCAGCCGAAGUGCGCCCUCUAUCUUAUAACCAGACCCUGCCCCCCAACAGUUUUCUACAUUCUAAACGCCGCUCAAUCCUCCUUUACAACCGCUUCUCCCGGACAAAAUUCCCUUCCAAUCUCGGGUGGAAUCUUCCACACUUUCGCAGCAACAACAGCUCGCGCACAACGGAUCACAAUCCACUGGUGGAAGAGUUCCAGCUCCAGCCCGUUAAUGAAAGACACAGGCCGGAGACAAGUAAUGUUGUCUGA